AUGUUCUCCUUACCUUCCUUCUUGACCACACUACCGUUCACUCUCCCUUCUUUGCCUUCCAUCUCAUUACCGGCUAAUAUCCAACGUCGAUUUUUGUCGUAUGUGCUAAAGAGGUCGUUGGGAAGAUUCGUCAAAGGGCAAGCCCUAGAUGCAGAGAGAAUACAAGCUCAGCUCAGUGAAGGAUGGGUAGAGUUGGAGGGCUUGGAGGUGGAUACGAACGAGAUCAACUCUCUCAUGCCAUCAUCCGUACCCUUACGACUCGAUUCAGGUACCUUAUCCAAGGUAACAGCUCGCGUACCAUUGUCGAAUCUAUGGUCAGACCCCCUGUGUCUCACCCUUGAUACGCUGAAUCUAUCCUUCGUACUCUCUCGACCUUCUUUCUACACAAAAGGGAAGAAUGUGGCUCGACCUACAGGCUUUCAACCGGAACGUCAUCGAGAUCUCGCAGAAUCAGUAACUUCAGCAGCGGAUGAUUUCUUACAUGAAGAAUUAGAUGCAUUCGAAGAAGCUGAACUGGGUCGAUCCAUCCGACAAUCCCUUGUUCUCAACUCGACUGAUCCAUUUAACAACGAUGAAGAGGUCCCAGGUUCAUUUCCGUUUGGUAAUCCGGAAAGUAUAGGAACAGAUGGUCAACCAUUACCUGCAAAUGUAGAAAGUACGACUGUACUAGCUGGAUUAGUCGGACGUAUCUUAUCUAGAUUGGAAUUCAGAAUUAAGAACAUUAAGAUACAAAUCAGAUUCGAUGAUGCGGAUCAUGGUGGUCUAUUCGAAUGCAGAAUUGGAGAAAUCAAAUAUAUCGAUGAAAGUCAAUCUCAAUUUAAUUCCAAUACCGAUCAACCAAGAACAACCAUCAGAUCAAUCCGUGUCUCCAAUGCAGCCUUAUAUAUGCUUCCGAAAUCUUCAAUCCCAGUAUCACAACCUUCUUCAUCUGCGAGACCAAGUUUCGCAUCUCCUUCUUCACGGUCAUCAUCAAUCUCUUCAGCAUCUUCGUCCAGCACAACCGGCGAUUAUCAAGACAUGAUGAUGUCCCAAGCCGUUGCCGAUCUAAGAGAUAGCACAACAAUGUCUGACCUUACCUCGGAAGCAAGUAUAUAUCACAGCGCUAUCAACGAAGAUCCCGCACCUCGUAUACCUGUUAUCGUAGAGGGAAGAUCUAGUGAGGCAAGUCCAAGUAGAUCUGCUACUCCUAGACCUGACACUCCAGCAACAUCGAAAGACGAGACACUGCUUCUGACCUUUGGAUCAGAGGAUAUCGUAUUGCGAAUGAAGACGACUAGAUCAUUGCCAAAUGCAAACCUAGAAGCUGUCACCUCUCCUGGCCUUUCAUCCCCCUCGCGCAGUAUACAUGUCACAUCUACGACGGCAACUUCCCCUCUCCCGUCUGUUAAUAUAGAGGUAUCAGUUGGUACUAUUGCGGCUGUGAUCCUUCCUGAGCAAGCAUCCAUCAUUCUAGCGGCCCUGCAGUGUGCUUCGCAGCAUUCCCAGGUCAAAUCACAUAGCCCAAGUCCCACUUCUCAUGUCGCUGCGUCGGUGACGAAUCAGCCACAGCUGACGGCGCAUGUCACCCUGAAAGGUCUUUAUGCGUCUUUAAUCUAUGACAUGACGGCCUCCUCAAACCCUCUAAUCACUGAUAUUCUUACGACUUAUUGGGCCAAACCAUCAAGCACAUUCAUACCUACUGGACAUCUUCGAUUACGUCUGGAAACUUUUGAGGGACAUUACGCAAGUAAAGGGUUUAUCGCUCGACUGUCAGAUAUCAGGAAAUCGACUACCAUUCCAUCAUCGGCAAUACGUCUGCCUCGUCGAUCAUCGACAAUCUCACGUGCUGGUCCUUCACCUCCGACUCUCACCAUUACCCUACAAGAUGCUUCUGUUUUCGAAUACCUAGCCUCUGAACAGUCAGAUAAUGACUUGUUGGACGUACCACCAGGAGGAGCGUUCCCAGUCCUUUUAUUUGAUACCAAUCUACCGCGGCAAUAUGAUGUUGCUCCCGGUGUAACAUCGGGACUAUUCCAAUCUAUCCCUUCCAAGCCUACCUCUUCAAUCCAAGCACAAGUAUUCCCGGAAUUUGAUUCGGUGGAUUGGAGGAAUUCCGGGCUGCAAAGAAAGUCGGGUGGAAGUGAGAAACAGUGGAAAGUGAAACAAAAGGGGAAAGGCAUAUUGAAGGGUGCACAUGGUUCUGUUUCCGAACCGAAUGAUGUACCUGUUAUAAGUAUUAAGAAGGAACUGGUGACCAGUACUACCGCUUCAGUAACACUUCAACCUGUUCAUAUUUUUCUCGAUCUAUCGUUGGUCGAACGUCUUUUGCCCAUGCUCAGAAGUAUCGCCCCUGCUAUUCGCUCAAAGCCUGAAAUCAUCGAUCCCAUGACGCCAUUUGGAGUUCGACCAUCUCAUCGGCCUUUCGAUCUGCUUAGGCAACCCACCACAGAAUCUAUCAUUGAUGAUCUUGAUGCACAAGCAUCAUCAUACUCAACUAUCCAGCCUUCGCAACCAGCGAAACCUGUCUUGGAUAUUCGAUGUUCCCUUCUCAGAUUAGACAUUCGUUGCCCUGCACCUGUGAAUAGAAGGGGAACAUGGGGUGAUGGUGGUCAUCUGAGGUCAGGAAUAGUGACUUUAGACAUACAAUAUCUGAAAACUAAGGUAUCCACAGGAUCCUCGGCGACGACGGCAACAUCUCAAUCUUCUACUAGAAAUCCAGGUAGAAAAGAUGGAGAGGGAACCACGAUUGUCAAUUGGGAUAAAAUGAUCUUAUUCUUCUCACGAGCACCUGAGCGAAGAUCAUCGGCGUUCAUAGUGAUUGGACCUCUCGCGCUCGAUCCCUCAGACGUUGAUGUUGCUCCACUUCUUCCGAGUGUAGAACUACUCACUUCCCAUUCACAUACACAAACGAAGACCACCUUAGUCACAUGUCGUAUUCCGUCCAUUCAAGCCAAGAUCAAACAGCAGACUAUCGAAGGAUUGCAAUUCUUUGCUGACGAUAUGACACAUUGGCUCGAUGGCGCCUUUGGUGAUGGAUCUGCACCGAAGCCGAGGGACGAUCUGAAGAUGAUUGGAAGUAGGUUUUUUGGCGCGCCCGGCUCCACUAGAGGUAGUAGUUCAGCAUCAAGUUCAACGAUGGAUGAAGAUGACGAAAAUCUGUCAGCAACAAUACUCAAAUUGAAUAUCAGUGAAACUGAUAUGUCACUUUACGUACCUCGACCUGAAGGUGGAGAAAGGAUUUUAUCUCUAGAAGCAAGCGAUAUGGAUAUCAAGAUUGAAUCAAACGUUUCUGGAAAACAUGAAACUAGUUUCAACCUUUCUUUGAUGGAUACCGAAUUUUCAGAUAAAACAGAUGGAUCCAAUGCAAUCAAAAUUAUAGGUCGUACAACUCCUUAUACAUUAACAACUAGACAACAACCUUUGAUUCAAUUUAGGUUUUCCUCAUUAACAGAUCCAAUAACGUCAACCAAAGAAACUGGAAUAUCAGUAACGUUGACGUCUUUGACUUUUUAUAUAUCGAAAUCGAUUGACUGGAUUAAUGACCUCAAAAAAUUCAUCAAGACUCCUGAAGGUGUAUUUGAAGAUGUUGUCCCAUCAGAAUUAACAAGGAUUCGCAUUCUCUUACAAGAUUGUUCUGUCCGAACAUUAACGCCAACGUUGAAAGGCGCCAUCAUACUUGUCUUUGGAAUAAUGGAUAUCUCAACGGAUAUAAAAUCAGAUGGAGAAGAUAAUGAAGUCAAACUCAAUGCUAGUAGAUUGAAUAUCUUAGCUGUUGACGAUAUCUCAUCGGCGAGUGAAUUGGGUGUUGGUACGAGUGACUCAGUAGAAGUCUGGAGAAAAGCAGGAUACGCUCAAUUAGUAGACAUCAUCUCGGUUGAUUUGCAGUGUUUCAGAGACCUAACGGGUACAGAUGAAAUAUUGUUGGAAAUACUACAAGUUCAAGUAAAAAUCACAGCUUGUGCGGAUUCUCUAGCUACUUUUGGGGAAUUAUGUGGAGAUUUGACCAAACUAGCACCUGCAAAGACGAGACCGCCAAGGGUCGUUCGACCACCCACCUCUCUCGACAAAAUCAUCAACGUCUUUGAUUCAAUUGACGAUCAAGCAUUCAACCUCGUACCCGACAUAGUCUCCGGAGCCGAUAUGAUCGAAGAUGAUCUUCCUACCAACCUAGAUUACCUAGAUAGAGCUUCCCGACUAGCUUCCAACCAGCCGACAAUGGACAAACUCACUGGAGAAACCCUGCGUUCAUGGCAAACCGAUGAAGGCGAGGGUGAACUAGGGGGAGAGACAAUCAAGAUUUUGUUGGAAGAACAGUUUGAUAUGAAUGAGAAUUACUGGAAUGAACUACCGAUCCUCCACAAGGGUUAUGAUGACGACCUACAAAUUGGUAAAACACGUAUACGCGUUAAUGAUUGUAAUAUCAAAGUCCUCCUACAUGAUGGUUACGAUUGGCUUCGUACGAGGAAAGCUAUUGAAGAUGAAAUUCGAGCAGUUCGAAAACGACUUGAAAAAAUCCGACAACUGCUUGCCUCAGGACAGAAAGCAGAUGAAUCUAUCGAUAUUGAAAAGGCCACGAAAUCAGUUUUGUUCAAUUCCGUAUAUAUUGGAGGAAUAGAUGGACAAGGCUCUACUGAUUUGGAUUCUGCAGCAUUGAUAGCUGCCAUAGAUGAAGAAUUGGAUGAAUUAGCUGACGGUGAUGGAGAUAUUGAUGAAAUCGCAAGUACAAGUUCUUGGCAAACAUUACCAUCUACAUCUCAAAAUCGUAAUACAUCCAGAAAUAAUCAAGGGAAAGAAAAACCUAGAGACAAAGAUAAUCAAAAGAAGAAAAUCAAAUUGAAUGGUAAAAAAUUGAAUAGAUCCAAGAAACCUCAAAUUGAAAUAUCACUUUCAUCCUUACGUGCACAACUGGAUCUGUUCUCUUCUGACUCUAUAACCGAAGAAUCAACGUCUUCCAAAGUAGAAAUCAAAAUCAAGGAGAUGGAAAUUUUAGAUCAUAUCAAGACUUCAACUUGGAAGAAAUUCCUAAUGGGAAUGAAAUCCGAUAGUAGAGGGAAUGUUAGAGAAACGGACGCUGAUAUGGUCAGGAUCGAAUUAAAAGGUAUUAAACUUGGAAGUGAUAUAGAAGAAGAAAUGAGAUUAAGGGCCAAAAUUCUUCCUCUAAGACUUCACGUAGAUCAAGAUGCUUUAGACUUCUUGAAACGAUUCUUUAGUUUCAAAUCACCACCACCACCAUCGUCCUCAUCCGUCUCACCCUUGUCUGCGCAGAGCCUAAAUACCCCUUCAUCGCCCGCCAGACCCAAUGAAACGUUCUUCCAACAUGUUGAGAUCUUCCCUAUAGAAAUGAAAUUAGAUUAUAAACCCAAACGAGUGGAUUUUGCUGCUUUAAGAGAAGGCAAGACUAUGGAGUUGAUGAACUUCUUCCAUUUCGAUGGAGCUGAAAUGACUUUGAGGCAUAUCACCUUGUCAGGAGUCACUGGAUGGGAUCGUUUAGGAACUACAUUACAGGAUCUAUGGACACCAGAUGUGAAAGCGAAUCAAUUAGCAGAUGUCAUAUCCGGAGUAUCACCUAUACGAUCAAUUGUCAAUGUAGGCUCUGGAGUAGCUGAUUUGAUUUUAUUACCAAUCGAACAGUAUAGGAAAGAUGGUAGAAUAGCUAAAGGAAUUCAAAGAGGUACAAAUUCAUUCGUUAAAUCGACUGCGAUGGAAAUGAUGAAAUUAGGAGCCAGGUUAGCUACUGGAACUCAGAUCAUAUUGGAAAAAGCGGAAACUGUUAUAGGUGGAAAUACGACUAAUUUAAGAUUAAAUGAACAAGACAAUUUGACUAUCAUACCUCAUACAAUCGAUAACCAAAAUAUACUUUCUUCCUAUUCCUCUGCUACUCCAGGUUUAGGAGGUUCAGGUUUAAGUUUACCUUUGAAUUGGCAAAAUCAAUAUCAGUAUCAAGAUCAAACUCAACAGAAUGAUGGAUCAAGUGAAGAUGACGAUGAAGACGAACGUCAAGAAGAUAUCACAAGUAGAUACGCAAAUCAACCUGAAGGUGUCAAACAAGGUGUUCAAGAUGCAUAUAAAAGUUUCUCUAAAAACGUUAAUGCCGCUGCUCAAACUAUAUUAGCUGUACCUAUGGAAGUUUAUGAGCGAUCUGGAGAAGAUGGACCACUCAAAGCUGUGAUCAAAGCUGUACCAAUAGCAGUCUUGAAACCAAUGAUAGGUACCACAGAAGCAGUUUCGAAAACCCUAUUGGGUAUGAGAAAUAGUUUGGAUCCUUCGGCAAGAAAAGAAUUGGGAGAUAAAUAUAAAUGA